UCUUGUUUCACUCUCUCAUGAAAAAUGUGAAUUUGGAAUUUGGUUAAUUAUGUUUUUCGUGAAAUCGAUAAGAGAUAAUAAGUUAGUGUGUUUAGCGAAGUUUUGAAACUUGAUCAAUUCUAUAGCUUCGUUCAAAAUAACAUUUCGUUAUCUCUUAUUUUUAUUUUAUUUGCAAAAAAUACUGAAAACUACAUUAAAAAUUUACAUUUUUCAUGUCAUGUUUUUAACAAACAAUUUUCAUUUUGCGCUUCAGUUCAAUCAUUCUGUACUUCCAUUUUUACUAUCAGCAAUACAACGGUAUGGUUUCUCGUCGCUGUCGCCAACUGGUGCUAGCAAUCGUACUACAAACAAAAUCCCCAAAAUCAAUGUAAAAUUAGUCAACACAAGAGUGAAAAAGUACAUAUAAAGAGUUUGUAGUUCACUUGGUAGCAACAGUUGGCGCUUCGAGGCUUUUUUAUAUGGGAACUGUCAAGAAGCCGUAGAGUUGCAGCAACACAUUUUGAUUGACUAAUUUGGUUUGAUUAAAGAUUAUAGUGAAAUUGAAGAUUGUAUAGAUCGAGGAAAUCGUUUCCGAACAACAGCCAGCACCAAAAUGAAUGAUACAAGUAGCAGAUCACAUGCAAUUUUCACUAUAACAUUUGUUCAAGCGAUUUUCAUGAAUAAUACACCUUCGGAAACUGUCUCCAAAAUUCACUUAGUCGACCUAGCGGGGAGUGAAAGAGCCAAUGCAACAGAGGCAACAGGUGAUCGGCUGAAGGAAGGCGCACACAUUAAUAAAUCUCUAGUUAGCCUUGGAAGUGUAAUUUCAACGUUAGCUGAACAAGCAACAAUAUCAUCGCAAAAGAACAAUACAAAAAAGAGAAUAUACAUUCCUUAUCGUGAUUCUAUUUUAACGUGGUUGUUGAAGGACAGUCUUGGAGGAAAUAGCAAAACCAUUAUGAUUGCUGCCAUAUCACCCGCUGACUGUAACUACAGUGAAACACUAAGUACACUGCGAUACGCAAACAGGGCAAAAAAUAUAAUAAAUAAACCGACGAUAAAUGAGGAUCCGAACGUGAAAUUAAUAAGAGAGCUACGCGAAGAAAUCAUGAAAUUGAAAGGAAUGCUAUCGUCAGCUGAUAUUAAUGAUGUUUCGCAAAGUAAAUCCUCGCAAAUGCUGGAAGAUCUACUGAAAAAGGAAGCACAAGAAAAAAUUUUAACAGAGGAAUGGGCCGAAAAAUGGCGUCAAACUCAAACGAUAUUGCGUGAAGAGAAAACAUUGGGUCUUCGAAAAUCUGGAUUCGGUGGAAUUGUUCUAAAUUGCGAUGCACCGCAUUUAGUUGGAAUUCAUGACGCUAACAGUACAGGUGUUACUUUAUAUAGUUUAAAGGAAGGGGAAACUAUUAUCGGGAAUGAAGAAAAAACGAUGGAUAAAGUUGACAUUGCUCUUAUGGGCACUGGAAUACAACCAUUGCACUGUUCAAUAAUUUUGACGAACUGUACAGCAAAAAUUUAUCCUCAUGUAGGCGCACAAUGUUGGUUGAAUGCCAAUUUGGUAACAUCACCACAAUCCAUAAGUCAAGGUGAUAUUCUGCUAUUCGGCAGAACGAAUAUGUUUCGAUAUUGUAAUCCUAUGGAGGCUGCGAAAUUGCAAAGCGGAGAACCCAACAAAACGGAUCUAUCACGUUUAUCAUUGAUAGCAGCUUCACGUGAAAAUCUGAGUGAAAAUAGCGUUAUUGCCGAUGUUGAUAGUCUGGAAUUAUCCUCGUUUAGAAAACAACGAUUGGAAGAUAUUAAGGAGCACCGAAAACUAUUGGAAACUAUCGAAAAUGCUUUGCACAAAUUAAAUUUGGAACGGAACAAAAUAUUCGAACAGUACAGCCUUAAAGUGCAAAAUCUCUCUAGAAAAUUGGUUGCUUUAGAAGGAAGUAAAGCUGAUGAAGAUUCGGUAUUGAACUGUUACGAAAAGCUAUUGAUUGCAAAACGUGAGAUGCAUAGCAUGAACAAAAUGCAUAAGAAAACUCAAAUUGAUAUUGCUGUGAAACAACUAUCAAAUUUGCAAUUACAAAUGGAUUCAAAACAAACUGACUUGAAUGAAUUAACUUCGACAGAGGUAUGUGAAUAAAUUGUUUGUUUGUUUUGGUUUGAGCCCUUAGCAAGUCCAAUAUUAAUGCUGAAAUUUCAUUGCCAGCGAGGUAUAAGCAAAUAAAACGAAUUUCAUUCGUAAUCCCGAACUUUUCCGUACUGUUUUCCUUACUUUUGUCUUUU